AUGCCGGAAGAGAUACCUCGAGUUUUCAAGUCCGCCAUCGGCCCUGAUCCCACGGAUCAUAGAGGGCAUGUAUUCAUUGCGAGGAGGAUGCGAGAGGCACUCGUCAAAACUGCCGCCGUUGGAGGUCUACCAAAGACAAUCAAUGCGUUACUUCAUCUGAAGACCGAAACACCGACAUCAUUACUGGAUACCCGCCCGGGGUCAACACCCACAUCGCGUCAGGUAGACCUUGUUGAAACUGAACCUAUGGAGAUUAUAAAGAGAGGGAGGGAAUAUUUUGACAAGACCUAUGGAAAAAUCGCACAUCGGGUUAUGGAACAGAUGAGAUUGUCGGGAACAGAGGACCUUGAUGCGGUCGCUAGGUUGUUUUAUGGUCAUAUUGUCAGCAAUACGGAUAUCCUAUCACCAGUUGAGACAAGCUAUGCGUUAAUUGCGGCUAUCAUUCCUCAAGACGUCAACCCACAACUAAAGGGGCAUCUUAAGGGUGCACUGAAUCAUGGAGCUACCAACGAAGAAGUUCAAGCCGUUCGAAAGGCCGUCAUUGAGAUAUGCAAGGCCGCAGGCAUGAGCAGAUUACCGCGUGGGACAUUAGGCGGCUGGGGAUGGAAAAGCGAAAUCGCAACAUAA